UUCGAAUGAGAUGUAUAAAAUCUAUUGUUUUGUACUUGAUAAGUGUAAACAGUGACAAAACUGCUUUUUCAGUGAUUUUUAUUUUUGAGAAGUAGAGACAGAUUAAGUUACUUUUAAGUUGGACGAUUUCCGAUUUGAACAUGUUUGCACAAUUGUGGUAAAAUAUGUGUGAUUUGAUUACAAUUUGUGUACUUUAAACAUCUUAUUUUAAUAUUAGUAAUUAGAAUUUAGGAACAUGAACUUCUGAUUAACAAAAAUACAUGUACGUGCAAUUCAAAUUCACGCGACAGCUUUUGUCAUAAUCAUUUACAUCAUUCGUCAAUAAGAGCACUCAGUCUGUUUCUAAUUUUGUAACGAAACAAAAUAUCAAGGAAAACUAUUUUGUUACCUUAUACGCACAUUUGUAACUUACAAAGGGGAGUGCGCUAUUCGUUUCGAGGAACAUAUCUUAAAAAAAUAGGGAAGAACUUCAGUUAAAAUUUCUAUAUUUUUUUUAAAAAGAACAUGUUCAGCAGGACCUUUUUGUGAGUGUGCUUAACAACCGGAUUUAGUUAAGAUCUUUCAAGGAAUUAUGAGUAACCCAUUAAACUAUAUGAACAUCAUAGCAAUUUAGUUUUAAUAAACAAACCAGCUUUCUCGAUAAAAGACGUAUUUUAUUCAAGGAACGGAUAAUUAUAAUUCUUCACAAUGAAUAAUUCAAGUUACACCAACAACAUAACAAACAUUGAUUUGGAGAGUCUAAAUUCAACGGAAGCAGUCCGCCGACUUCCGGUUAUAAUGUUCAUAUUGAUCUUGAUCAUUAUUGGUGUUUUUGGAAAUUUACACGUGUUUUACAUCUACAUUACGAAGUUUGGAUCUUCGACAUACCGGAUGUUCGUGCUGUCUCUGGCUUCUGUAGAUAUACUAAGUUGUUGUAUGUCAAUGCCGUUUGAAAUGGCAGAUGAAUUAAACCCGUAUAUAUUUAACGCGGAAAUUACUUGUAAAAUUUUCCGAUUUUUGAACACGUGUUUAGCAAUGAUCACUGCCUUAAUGCUUGUUGUGAUAGCAUCCGAGAGGUAUCGAAGAAUAUGUAAACCAUAUGGAAAUCAGAUGUCUGAGAAACACGCCCGUUACGCAUUAAUUGGAGUUGUUCUAUUUGCAAUAAUUGCGACACUGCCCGCUUUGUACGUUUACGGUAUUAAAACAUUGCACCUCACAGUAUCUGGGCAGAUGAUUGAAGGUUCCGAAUGCACCUGGUCUGACGAGGUUGCUGGUAGUGUCAUCGGAUACGCUUAUUAUGCAUGGGGUUUGCUUGUUAUACUAGUAUGUAUGUUUUUAUUAGUUAUACUCUACACAUUAGUGGGACUUCAUUUGAGACGUCAUACAAUAAAGGUCCAAUCAACGAUCAGAAUAAAACAUCGCAGACGGAAAUCAACAAACAGACGUUCUAUUUUGGGCUCUUUAAAAAUCCGGCGAAAGAGUCGACAGAUUCGCUCUGCUGAAAGCAAGGCGUUACAAAAUCAGGGCGACAAAACUCAAAUUAACGCUAGACAUUCCGCCCCAAUUCGCCUUUCCAAAGUCACGGACUAUAAACCAAGUAUUCGCCGGAAGUCAACAUUUAAUGUUUUAGACCCACAACAAAUGAACACUAUCAAAAUAUCGUCUUUUAAACAGACUGAUUUUCUAACAAUACAACCAUUUUGCGAAAAUGUGACGACAUCAUUAGACGAGACCAGUAUUACUGAGUGCAGCUGCACUGCUUCUUUCGAUAUCAAAAUCGGCGGAAAGGGCAUUAAUUCUGAAGAAAACAUGACUUCUUAUAACAGCUACAAAGUAAUUCAACAAAUCGGAGAAGGGAUAGAUAAAUGUCAAACUCCGAACGAAAAUAAAAUCUCGGAUCCGAAUUCUACACAUGAAAUGAAAACUUUACCAAAACGAGGCACUAUCAUGAGGAAAACGAAAACAUUUAUCAGCGACCGUGAGCAGCGGAUUACAAAAGUACUAUUUACAAUUACAUUAUUAUUUAUUUUUAGUUUUCUUCCGUAUAUAAUUAUUCUGAUUGUCUACAGUGCAAAUCCCUCAUAUGAAGAAAGUCUGACAUCGACGCCAUUAUAUCCAAUUUAUCUUAUUGGUCUACGACUUUACCUAGUCAACAAUGUUGCUAAUUCUUUGCUGUAUAUUUCAUUUGAUUUGAAAUUUCGUAAACAUUUCUUAAACAUCUAUAAAAAAUUGAUGAAUAAAAAAUCUUAAACACAUGUUUUUAAUUUGAUA